CCGACAACUCCGACAAUGCCUUACUAUUCUUCAUUAAUUGUCGGUCAGUUCACCAUGAACUGCAGUAUGGUAGUAGAAUACUUAGCUUAGUAAAAUAAAAUAUCCUAGCCAUUCUUGCUGGAAGUAUCGUGCUGAACACUAAUAAAUGUAGUAACGUAGUACAAUAAAUUUAAGUUGUUUGUGAAUCUAAAUGUGUGUUCAGAAUUUAUGUUUGUGAAAUAGUAUCCAGUGUACUUGUUCCGAUAUACCGUGGUAGCAUUCAAAUGCUGCGAUUAUGGUUCAGUAAACCCUGGUCCUGGCUGCUACCAUUCCUACACGCACGCAACGAAAUCUGUAAUCUAAAACACAACGUAGGGUGUGUGACAACAUAAAAUUUUGGUGCCGUGACCAGGAUUUCCACAUCGCAGACGGAUCACGACAAUUGUGUUAUUCAGUUAAUAUCACACAAUUGAUUGACGCCAUCAUUGGCUAUGUUUCAAUACAUCAUUAUCCAUUAAACCAAGGACGCCAUCACUGGAAACUCAAAUUGAAUGCAGCAUAUCCAGUGCCACCACCAACUUAAAGCAGUUUAUUGUAUGCAAGGCAUUUUGAAUUUUUAUAGCAGGUAAUUACCUGUCCAAUAUCUGCUGAUAGUUCCACAGGUAUGAGUUAGAUACCUUUUCUAUAUUUGCACGCAUAUUUCUUCGCCGCCUGAUUACUCCGGAGCCUUCACAAGUAGAGGAGCACCUUUCUAUCAUUCAUAAACGGAACAAGGAUAUACCGAAGGUUGCAUCUUACAGCAUUUUUAAUUUCAAGGCUCAAUUUGCCUUGGAAUAGAAAUUUCAAUCGACAUUGACCUCCGUUCGCGUUUUAUCAUGAGUACUGCAGGAGAAAUCAAUCAACUGAUCUCACGGAGAACAUCGCUUCUAGCUAGUCUGGGUCGGGCAGAGAACUUUCUGGCCGAGUUCGACUCACAGCGGGAUCAAAUACAGCUACAUGUGCGUCUUGAGCGGCUGGAAAAAUUGUGGGACGAUCUCGAAAGUACACAAGAUCAGUUGGAAGAGAUAGAGACAACUGAUGAAGGUAGGAAAAUGCAGGAGAAAAUUCGGGCUAAUUUUGAACCUCGACUCUUCAUAAUAAAGGCAAAUUUAGCUUCCAAGCUUUCUUCGUUAGUCACUGAUGCUCGUCCACCUCAACCAACGUACACAAACUCCACUCUCUCUGGCAUAAAAUUACCGACAAUAACGCUCCCUGAAUUUGAUGGGGAUUACAUGCAAUGGCUUACGUUUCAUGAUACCUUCUUGGCAUUAAUACAUUCCAAUUCUGAAGUUCCACCAAUUCAAAAAUUUCACUAUCUGAAAGCAGCUGUCAAAGGAGAGGCUGCUCUGUCUAUUGAGUCCAUUGCUAUUAGCUCUGCAAACUACGAAUUAGCUUGGCAAACAUUAAAAGAUCGAUACGCAAAUGAGUACCUUUUGAAGAAACGACAUUUGCAAGCUCUGUUUGAUAUUCAAGGAAUUAAAAGGGAAACGGCAGCUACGCUCCACGGAUUGGUGGAUGAAUUUGAUCGUCAUGUCAAAACAUUGCAUCAGCUAGGUGAACCAACAAAUGCUUGGAGCACUAUACUUGAACACCUGUUAUGCACACGCUUACCUGACGAUUCGCUAAAGGCUUGGGAAGAUCAUGCAUCGAAAACAGAUAAUCCAGAUUACGAAAGCUUGAUUGUGUUCCUGCAACGUAGAACUCGUGUCCUCGAAUCUAUAUCGGUGAACCAUAACACUGCAUCCACAAGUUUCAAUACAUCCGGCCAAUCAACGAGAAAACUUCCGCAUCUUCGCUUGUCAUCAUACACCUCUACAACGGAUUCGAACAAUCAAUGUCCAGCAUGUGAUCAACCACAUCCAUUGAUAAGGUGUCCAAAAUUCUACCGUUUUUCUGCUACUGAGCGACAGCAGCUGGUCAUGUCGAAGCGACUUUGUCACAACUGUUUACGUAGAGAUCACAUUGCUCGCAACUGCUCUUCGAACUUCAACUGCAAACAUUGCAACCGUCGUCAUCACACGCUUCUGCAUUCUGCAAACAAUGCCCUUGUGGCUAGUAAUGUAACCGACAUUUCGUACGGCCUAGCGCCACCCGAAACUAGUCAAUUUAGAGAGUUAGAGGAAAUUCAAAGUCAAACUUCGGUCGCUGCCACCAAGAGUUUGCCAAGUUUCGAAACAAGUGUAUCACUCCAGCAACCUUUCGAAAAUGUUUUCCUACUCACCGCCGUAGUACAAAUUGUUGACGCAUAUGGACAAGAACAUCUAGCGCGUGCUCUUUUAGAUAGUGCUUCACAGCCAAACCUUAUGACAGAUCGCAUGGCAAGAAUUUUAAAUUUGAAACGAAACAACGUGAAUAUAACCGUACAAGGCGCAGGCCAACUUUCCCAAGUAAUCCGGGAGUCAGUUUUUGCAGAAGUAAGGUCAAGAAAAGAAGGCUUCUCUUGUGGAAUUGAUUUUCUUGUGAUGGAUCAUGUCACCGCUGAUUUGCCAGCGCAUCAUGUAGAAACAACUGGUUGGAAGAUUCCUACUGAUCUUUUUCUCGCAGACCCUUCUUUCAACAAAUGUCAACCGAUUGAUCUCGUCCUAGGAGCUAAGCAUUUUUAUUCCUUCUUCCCUGGUGCAGCUCGAAUUCACUUGAAGGAAAAGCUACCAUUGUUGAUAGACAGCGUUUUUGGUUGGAUUGUAGCAGGUUCAGAUUGUUCUGCUUCGCCAUCGCUACACUCCACAGUCUCGAGUUAUAGCGUCGUAGCGGUAGCAGCCUCUUUAGAGCAAAGCAUCGAGCGUUUCUGGAAAACUGAAGAGUUAGUCGUUAAAGAUAACUAUUCCAUUGAAGAAAGACAAUGUGAGACACUAUAUCAAUCUACUGUAACGAGAAACAACGAUGGGCGCUAUAUGGUUCGUCUUCCUAAGCGACCAGACUUUGAAAUCAUGCUAGGUGAAUCAAAGCAAAAUGCCUUUCGACGAUUCGAACUUUUGGAAAAAAAAUUGGAACGAAAUCCAGAAAUUAAGAAAGAAUAUCACGAAUUUAUGCGUGAGUAUAUCUCUCUUGGUCAUAUGAAACUAGUCAAGAGUAGCGACGAAAAUAAUAAGCAUUUUUACCUGCCUCACCAUCCGGUUAUAAAAGAGACAAGCUCAACAACUAAACUACGAGUCGUGUUCGACGGAUCAGCCAAAUGUUCCACUGGAUUUUCGCUUAAUGACUCUCUUUGUGUGGGACCUGUUAUCCAAGAUGAGUUGAUCACGCUUGUACUGCGCUUCCGAAAACACCAGAUUGCUCUUGUUGCUGACAUCGCCAAGAUGUAUCGACAAAUACUGGUGCAUCCGGAUGACACCCGCUUCCAACGAAUUUAUUGGCGAUUUUCUACCCAAGCUCCAAUACAACCUUAUGAACUCCAAACGGUAACAUACGGGUUAGCACCGUCUUCCUUCCUCGCCACAAGAACUCUUGUACAACUAGCAACUGAUGAAGGGAAAUCGUAUCCUCUAGGAGGUCCAGCAUUACGUAAUAAUUUUUAUAUGGACGAUUUUAUCGGUGGUGCUGAAACUAUAGAAAAGGCUAUCCAAUUACGAAAAGAAUUAACGGAAUUGCUUGCUAAAGGAGGAUUUGUGCUACGCAAAUGGUCAUCCAAUCGACUGGAGGUACUGCAAGGACUAGAUAAAGACGCCAUUGGGACUCAAUCCGCUUUGCAUUUUCAUCCAAAUGAAACUAUAAAAACAUUGGGUAUAAGCUGGGAACCCGAGAACGACUUUCUGCGAUUUUCAUCUCACGUAUAUGAAACCGAUCAGCCAACCACAAAACGAUCAAUAUUAUCAUCAAUUGCAAAACUGUUCGACCCAUUAGGACUCAUUGCUCCCAUCAUCGUCAAAGCUAAAAUUAUGAUGCAAGAGUUGUGGUUACUCACCUGUGAAUGGGACGAACCUGUACCUGAAUCCAUGAGCGAAAGGUGGAGGAAAUAUUAUAAACAACUACCCCGCAUUUCCGACUAUCAAGUAGACCGAUACGCUUUUCUUCCUAAUUCAGUGAUUCAACUUCACACGUUCGCCGAUGCAUCUGAAUCUGCAUACGGUGCAUGUACUUACGCUCGCUCUGAGGACAAUAAAGGUAAAGUGAAGGUGCAGUUGCUAGCCUCCAAAUCCAGAGUAGCCCCGUUAAAACGACUUAGUUUGGCCCGACUAGAACUAUGCGCAGCAGUUCUCGCUGCCCACUUGCACAACUGCAUAAAAACCGCUAUUGAUCUCGACGUGACUAAAUCCUACUUUUGGUCGGAUUCAGCUGUUACUCUACAGUGGCUGCAAUCACCUCCUAAUAUCUGGAAAACAUUUGUAGCCAACCGAGUUUCGGAGAUCCAGCACUUCACACACGGUGAUCAUUGGAAUCAUGUAUCUGGGAAAGAGAAUCCUGCUGACUUAGUGUCACGAGGAAUGCUGGUAGAAGAUUUUCUUAAAAGCCGAUUGUGGACUCACGGACCAUGCUGGUUGUCACUUCCACCAAAUGAGUGGCCGAUUUCUAACCCGCCGAAUGUAGCUGAAAACCAAUUGGAAAUGAGAAAUAUUGUUGCGACCAUACAAACUUCACCGUCUGUUCAUCCUUGGUUCUUACGCUGGUCUUCAUAUAACCGACUUCUUCAUGUAAUCAGCUACUGUAUCCGGUUCGUAAAUAAUGUUCGCGCAAAGUCUCGGACUGAUCGAUCACCAUCCAAACCAAAUUGCCUGUCACUUACCGUUCCUGAGUUGCUGAAAGCAAAAGCUUUACUAAUUUGCCUCGCUCAACAUGAUUCAUUCCGUGCCGAAAUAGAUAGUUUGAUGAAAAAUAUGCCAAUACCAAAAAAGUCCAGUAUGCGUAAAAUGAGCCCCUUCCUGGAUUCAGAGAGAGUGUUGAGAGUGGGUGGACGUUUGAACAUGUCAGACUUGCCUUUUCAAGCCAAGCAUCCAGCCAUAUUACCUGCCUUUCACCCAUUAACACGAUUGUUAGCACAACACUUCCACAUCAAAACCCUUCAUGGCGGCGGGCGUUUGCUUCUAACCGCAAUGAGAGAAGAGUACUGGCCACUACAAGGCCGUAGACUCGCCCGGAGUACUGUCCGUAACUGCUUCCGUUGUACCCGUCUAAACCCUAUACCUCUUGAACAACAAAUUGGCCAGCUGCCUGCCCAGAGAAUAAUGUCAAGUAGACCAUUUAACGUUACCGGAAUAGAUUACGCCGGACCGCUGUACCUGAAACCCACGCACAGACGCGCUGCCCCUGCAAAGGCUUAUAUAUGCGUCUUUAUAUGCUUCACCACGAAAGCGGUUCACCUUGAACUGGUUGGAGAUUUGUCAACCCAAGCAUUUAUCGGUUGUCUGCGAAGAUUUGUUGCCAGACGCGGUCGCCCGUCUCACUUGCAUUCGGAUAAUGGUAAGAAUUUUGUCGGCGCAAAGAACCAACUAAAGGAAUUGUUUUACUUGCUACAAAAUGCGGAAGAACAACAAAGAAUUAGUUCCGCCUGUGCCGAUGAAAACAUCACCUGGCAUCUUAUUCCCCCUAGGGCGCCGAACUUUGGCGGUUUGUGGGAAGCGGCAGUGAAGGUUGCGAAAAAACACUUAUUUCGCCAACUUGGAUCCACCCGUAUUUCCUUCGAGAAUAUGUGUACGGUGCUCACGCAAAUUGAGUCUCAAAUGAACUCUCGACCGCUAUUGCCGAUGACUGAAGAGCCAGAUGACUUAGCUGCGCUCACUCCUGCUCACUUCCUAAUCGGAACUUCGAUGAAUACACUGCCCGACCCAGAUCUCAGCCACCUACCGAUGAAUAAACUCGAUCAAUACCAAAGUCUCCAACUGCAUACACAAAAGUUUUGGAAACACUGGCAACGAGAAUAUCUUCAAGAACUUCAAAAAGAUACCAAAUGCCGUGGACGUAACAAUCAAAUUAUACCUGGUAAACUAGUUAUACUCAUCGAUGACCUGCAACCUCCAAUUCGCUGGCCUUUGGCUCGCAUAGUGUCAACUCAUCCCGGCUCCGAUGGAAUCACUAGAGUCGUUUCGCUGCAGACCGCAAGAGGACUUAUUACACGACCUGUCUCUAAAAUAUGCCUGCUGCCAUAUGCUAUGGAAACUCCUGUGGCAGAUUCGUUCAACUGCAUCAGCAACAUGGUUUUAGAUAGAUAGAAGCGAGCUUUGAAUGUCCUUCAGACAGACAAGUAAACAAGAGAUUGUUGUUUGUUUUUAUUGAAUGUAACUAUUCAAGGCGACGGGUAUGGUUGAUCGUAUUAGUUCUAAGUGUAGAUUGUUGGUAGCAAUCCGACAACUCCGACAAUGCCUUACUAUUCUUCAUUAAUUGUCGGUCAGUUCACCAUGAACUGCAGUAUGGUAGUAGAAUACUUAGCUUAGUAAAAUAAAAUAUCCUAGCCAUUCUUGCU